AUGGUGGCCAAUAUGCUUUCUCAUGGAUUGUUGCUCGUGCAGCUCUUUGCGGCUCUGGCUUUGGGCAAACCGUCUACUCCUCUCUACAAAGAUGCUAAUGCCCCGGUGGAGAAGAGAGUGAAGGAUUUGCUGGGCCGGAUGACAAUUGAGGAUAAGACGGGUCAAUUGAUUCAAGGCGAUGUCACAAAUUGGAUGAAUUCGACAACAGGCGCCUUCAACUAUACCGGUCUGGUGGCGAACAUGGAAAUGAAGGCAGGAAUGUUCUAUGUUGGAUAUCCGGUUGCAUGGGAUUGGAUUGCCGACAAUAUCAAAAGGGGUCAGGAUUAUUUACUCCAGAACACAACAUUGGGAAUUCCUGCUAUCGUGCAGACCGAAGGUAUUCACGGAUUUUUGAUUGGAAAUGCCACCAUCUUCAAUUCGCCUAUUGCAUAUGGAUGUUCUUUCAACCUCGAUCUCAUUGAAAAAAUGGCAGAGAUCAUCGCACAAGAAGCCAAGGCUCUCGGCGUCAACCAACUCUUUGCUCCUGUCGUCGAUCUCGCCCGUGAGCCUCGAUUCGGUCGUGUCGAAGAAACCUACACCGAGGACCCCUACCUCGCUGGUGAAAUCGGCUACCACUACGUCAAAGGAGUGCAAAGCAAGAAUGUUUCAUCUAUGGUCAAACAUUUCGCCGGAUUCAGUGUCCCAGAGCAGGGAAUUAAUACCGGUCCAGUUCACGGUGGUGAGCGAGAGCUUCGCACGACAUGGCUUCCUCCAUUCAAGCGCGCUAUCAUUGAUGCAGGUGCUUGGUCUAUCAUGGCAGCAUACAACUCAUAUGAUGGCAUCCCCGCCGUUUCCGACUAUCACACCCUCACUGAGAUUCUGAGGGAAGAAUGGGGAUACGAGUACUUCGUCAUGACCGAUGCAGGUGGAAGUGACCGAAUUUGCAGUUAUUUCAAACUUUGUGAAAGUGACCCGAUUGAUAUGGAGUCUGUGACUACCCAGAUUCUGCCCGCAGGAACUGAUGUCGAGAUGGGAGGCGGUUCAUUCAACUUCCAGAAGAUCCCUGAGCUCGUCGAGUCUGGCAAGCUUGAUAUCUCGGUUGUUGACACUGCUGUCUCCCGGUUGCUCCGGGCUAAGUUCGAAAUGGGUCUCUUUGAGAAUCCAUACCCUGCUGCGCCGGAGAAUCAAUGGAAGAAGCUAAUUCACAGCGACAAAGCUGUGAAGCUUGCGAGAGAGUUGGAUAAGGAGUCUAUUGUCUUGUUGGAGAAUCACAAUGAGACUCUGCCUCUCAAGAAGUCGGGAAACAUUGCAGUCAUCGGCCCGAUGGCUCAUGGUUAUAUGAACUACGGCGACUAUGUCGUGUACAAAAGCCAGUAUAGAGGCGUUACACCCCUCGACGGCAUCAAAGCAGCAGUGGGCGACAAAGCACAAGUCCACUACGCGCAGGGAUGUGAACGGUGGAGCAACGACCAGUCAGGCUUCGAGGCCGCAAUCGAAGCAGCGAAAAAAUCAGACGUCGCCGUGGUUGUUGUUGGGACCUGGUCUCGAGACCAAGGCGAACUUUGGCAAGGCCUGAAUGCAACAACGGGCGAACACGUCGAUGUGAACGAUCUAUCUCUCGUCGGCGCCCAGGGCCCCCUCAUCAAAGCUAUUGCAGACACUGGCGUCCCGACAGUUGUUGUUUUCUCCAGCGGCAAACCCAUCACAGAGACCUGGGUUUCGAACUCGACUGCAGCGCUGGUUCAACAAUUCUAUCCAUCUGAGCAAGGUGGUAACGCUCUCGCUGACGUUCUCUUCGGCGACUAUAACCCCUCUGGCAAGCUUUCUGUCAGUUUCCCCCGGUAUGUAGGCGACUUGCCUAUUUUCUACGACUACCUGACCUCUGGACGCUUGAUCGGUGACUCGGGCAAGAAGCUGGACAAUGGGACUCUGGUCUUUGGACACCAGUAUGUUCUGGGAGACCCGACUCCAUGGUAUCCCUUUGGAUAUGGUAAGAGUUACUCGACAUUCAAAUACGGCGCUGUGAAGGUGGACAAGAAGACUAUUUCUGCUUCCGAUAAAACAGUCACAGUCACCGUCGAUGUGACCAAUACUCAUAAGACCCGCGAUGGAACAGAGGUCGUGCAGGUCUACAUUCAAGACGAUAUUGCUUCGGUCGUUGUGCCUAAUCGCCAGCUGAAGGGCUUUAAUAAGGUGGUUAUCCCUGCUGGGAAGACGAAGACUGUGAGCAUUCCAGUGAAGGUUGAAGAGCUGGGGGUUUGGAAUACCAGGAUGAAGUAUGUUGUUGAGCCGGGCAAAUUCACUGUUCUUGUUGGAAGCAGCUCGGAGGACAUUCGUGGAAACUCGACUUUUACAGUCAGGUAG